AUGUACGCUAAACUUACCAAAAUCCUCUGUGCAUCUCUCAGUUUGGCUUGUCUCGUUCCCAAAGCCGCUGCAGCAUCCAGCCAUGGACCACAUUUGAGCCGGCACGCUGAGCUGGCUAAACGUGCCGAUUCUGAUGUCCAACUUUUCAGGAGAGUAACAGGCUCAAGGUGGACCUACUAUAACGUUGAAACUGGCAACGCGGGAUCUUGCGGGAAAAAGCAUGUGAACACCGAUUUUACUGUUGCGAUGAACGCUGCUCAAAUGAACCCAGGAUGGUGCUUUAAAACUAUCAGGAUGACUCAAGGCGGAAAGACAACUACUGCCACAGUCACAGACACAUGCCCAGGAUGUCCGUGGGGGGGACUCGACCUUACUGAAGGUCUAUUCGGAUUUUUCAUCGGGCAUUGGCCUGUAGGGGGAGGAGUUUUGUCUGGGGAUUGGGAAUUUACGGAUGCGGCCCCUCCGCCACCGCCUCCCAAACCAACCUCAAAACCGCCUCCUCCACCUCCCGUCACAACAAACGCUAAACCCAAAACUACCAGCUCAAUCGUCAGUCACAAGCCAACAUCCACCAGCACAAAGAUAUCCAGUUCUACUAUUUCCAAAACUUCUUCAAGUGUCUCCAGCUCUUCAACUAUUGCAUCGACUUCUAUCGAUUACCUCAGUGGUCCAGCGAGCGGUCUUGCUAUUCCCACUGGCUCUAUCGACCGCACCGACUCGUCUCCCUCCAAUUUGCAAGACCUUAAUCAGUUCCUCAUCCAAGUUGGAGGCCUGGCCAUGGCGGCAGGCGCUCUCUAA